AUCCCAAAAGGGAGUGCCGUGAGAAGUGUAACAUGGUUCCUAUUUCGGAAGAGGAGUUGAAGAUACGAAGUGAGCUUGGAAUGGAGAUUGAAAAUGAGUUGGAGAAAGAGAUAAAGGAGGGUAUAUACCACCUUGCUCUUGGGUUGCACCGGAUUUACCAGGAGAGGAAGGAAAGAAGUGCAAAAGAAACGUUUGAACUUGACAAUAAGCGAGCUAGAGCACUUACUGAACUGAACAUAAGCAUAAGAAUGGAAGGGAGAACUAAAGUUGAAAUCAGAGAGGUGAACAAUGUAAAAAAGGGUGGUUCUUAUCAACGGAAUUCUUGGCCAAAAAAUGUGAAGGAAGUGAAGAAGAUUGAUUGGGUAAAGACCCUGAGAGGAGGUUCAAGCCCUGUUUGUGGCAGCAGAUUAUCAAAUGUCAGCUCAAAGCCGAAGGGGAAAAAGCUAAGCACUGACCCUAAUGGUUUAUCCAAUUGGAAAAUUCACAGUGGGAGGGGAAAGAAAGCUGGUUCCUUUGGGCAACUAAAACAGAAUGCAAGUGUGAACAAAAAGAUACUUCAAUUGGGGUGGAAGGUUUGAAGGGCUUGUUUUGAUUUCUGAAUUUUAUUUUUGUUUUGUUUGCAAGGUUUGGAAUGAUUUUUCCUCGUAA